GCGAGCAUGGGAUUCGAUCCCAGGACCCUGGGAUCACGAUCUGAACAGAAGGCAGACCCUUAACCGACUGAGCCAUCCAGGCGCCCCCAUGGUUAAUUUUUAAAUGCUUGUGUAAACGUGCCAUAUGUAUUCUUCUACUCAUGCUUUUUUUCAUUUAAUAAUUUCCAUUUAAUUUUCCUACAUUUAGAUCUGUGUAUUCAAUUGCCAUUGGUACAGUAGGUCUGGUUGUCCCACAGGCAUCUGAAAGUCCUUCCCUUUCUUUGGAAUCCUGCCUCAUGCUACACCCUACCCCUAGCCUCUUUUUUACAGUCAACACCACGAGAAAACUCUUACACGUUGUCUGUUUCCAGAUAUUCAGUUUACCUCACUCUGGUUUCUAUCCCACCGUAUCUCUGAAAACAACUUUCUCUAAAAUUACCAAAGGACUUCCUUUUGCAAUACCCAAUGGACACAUUGUAGUACAUACCUUACCUAAUCUGUUACCUUUAACACCUUGACCAGUUUCCCUGGUACUUCACUCCUGGAUUACUUCUUUCCCUUCUGUCUGCUCCUUCUCAGUGUCCCUUUUUCUGUUUUCUUCCCUCAUCUCAUUCUCCAGAUGCAGAUACUCCUCUCUAGGCCGUAUCCAAUUCCAUGGCUUCAACACCUAACUGUAUUCACACGUUCGCUCGCGCACACACCUCAAACUUUUGGGUUUCCAACCCACAUGAUCUAAUGUUCAACUAAUGGAUGGAUAUCCAUCCACAGGCACCUAAACUCAUUCUCUUCCCCCAAACCAAAGAGAAAAUGGCAUAAUUUUCCCCCGGUUACCCAACUCAGAAUACUGGGAAAUAACCUCUGCCUCAUUCCCAUUUCUGAUGUUCUUUUCCAUCCUCAGUCCCCCUCCUCUCGGUCAGACCACUGCCGUCUCUUGCCUGGAGAAGAGCUUCCCAAUUGUUCUGGCCUCUAACUUCGUUCCCUCCUAUCCAUUCUCCCCACCGCAACCAGCGAUCUUUUACAAACGCAAAUACAAUUGUUCACGUCUCAGCCAAGCUCUUUAAGCCUAUUCGUUGCCCUUCGGAUAAAAUCAACUAAUUUACAAGGCCUUGCGUAAUCGGUCCCUCCCAUUCUCACGGGCCUCAUUUAUUACCUCUCCUUUAACCAACAGGCUGCUGACAGCUCCAAAACGUACCCGGCCCCCCAGCCCCAUUUCCCACCAGUCCAGGAUUCGGCUCAGGCGACCACUUCCUUCAGGAAGCGGGUGCUUAAAAGGCAAAUGCUCAAAGAAUGAAACCCGAGGAGCAUCUGGGCAGCGCUUUCAGCUCCGGACUAAGGUUUACGGAACGUCCGGAUUUACCGGAAGUCCAAGGCAAAGGUCAAAUCCCGAUCGUGAACCUUUCCCGAAGUUCGCGGGGCAGUCCGACCCUUGGCAAUAUUCCGCCCUUAUGAGUCAUGGCUGCUAGUCCCAGUCUUUCGAUGGGUCUUGAAGUCGACACCAGCCAGCUCUGGCGCCCCCAAUGUUCUCACACUCGAGAAUACAAUCCUCACUUCCUCACUAGGGCCCUGAAGCCGCCGUCAGGAAGAACCUGCGGUGCCCGCUUGCCCCAAAGCAAGAUGGCUACCAGUCUCUAGUCUCUCCUCCCAAAGUGAAGCUAUCCACGCCCCGGUUAAUGCCGCUGCCAGGCUGCCCUCACCUAGCAUGGCCACCUCGGCUCAAGCCUCGCUAUGGUUUGGAAGCCGCUGCUAACCGGCCAGGUUCCGGGAGGCGCUGCUCAGGACGAGGCCGCCCCCCCUCCACGCCCGCGGCGGCGGCGGCGGCGGCAGCGGCAGCGGCUGGAGCCCGGAUGCGGCGGCGUGCGACGGGACGGGAGGGCGGCGCGGAUGGAUCCAACAUGGCGACGCCGAGCCUGAGCCGAGAGAAGAGACCUGGGAAAUUAAUUUUCUUGCAAAGUAUAGUGGGGAUUGCAGCUGCCGAGCAGGGAUUCUGGGAAGCACUGCGCACCUGAGCCCCCAGCAUGGCGGGCCUAAAGCGGCGGGCAAGCCAGGUGUGGCCGGAAGAGCGAGGUGAACGGGAGCACGGGCUGUAUAGCCUGCACCGCAUGUUUGACAUCGUGGGCACCCACCUGACGCACAGAGACGUGCGCGUUCUUUCCUUCCUCUUUGUUGAUGUCAUUGAUGACCAUGAGCGUGGCCUCAUCCGAAACGGACGUGACUUCUUACUGGCAUUGGAGCGCCAGGGCCGCUGUGAUGAGAGUAACUUUCGCCAGGUGCUGCAGCUGUUGCGCAUCAUUACUCGUCAUGACCUGCUGCCCUACGUCACCCUCAAGAGGCGGCGGGCUGUGUGCCCUGAUCUUGUAGACAAGUAUCUGGAGGAGACGUCAAUUCGCUAUGUGACCCCCAGAGCCCUCAGCGAUCCAGAACCGAGGCCUCCACAACCCCCCAAAACAGUGCCUCCCCACUAUCCUGUGGUGUGCUGCCCCACUUCGGGCCCUCAGAUGUGUAGCAAGCGGCCAGCUCGAGGGAGAGCCACACUUGGGAGCCAACGAAAACGCCGGAAGUCAGUAACACCAGACCCCAAGGAAAAGCAGACAUGUGACAUCAGACUGCGGGUGCGGGCUGAGUACUGCCAGCAUGAGACCGCUCUGCAAGGCAACGUCUUCUCUAACAAGCAGGACCCACUUGAGCGCCAGUUUGAGCGCUUUAACCAGGCCAACACCAUCCUCAAGUCUCGGGACCUGGGCUCCAUCAUCUGUGACAUCAAGUUCUCUGAGCUCACCUACCUCGACGCAUUCUGGCGCGACUACAUCAAUGGCUCGCUGCUAGAGGCGCUUAAAGGCGUCUUUAUCACAGACUCCCUCAAGCAGGCUGUGGGCCACGAAGCCAUCAAGCUGCUGGUGAACGUGGAUGAGGAGGACUACGAGCUGGGCCGGCAGAAACUCCUGAGGAACUUGAUGCUGCAGGCACUGCCCUGACCUUCCCCUCUCACCUCUUGGAGGACUGCUCCCACCGCCCGCCUCUGGAGCUCACAUACUGUUCUGGGGUUGGUUCUCUGCCCUUCCGACCGAUCACACCCCUGCCUUUUUUUUUUUUUUUUUUUUUUUUUAAAGGAAAAGAAAAUGGAAGUGGUGUUCCCCAGCCCUCCCUGCUCCCACGUGCCUGGGCCUCCCCUUUGUUUCCCUUUUCCACGUACCCUCCUAAUGUGUCUCUACAGCCACCUUGCCACUGAGCCGUAAGACAAACGUAGAGGGAGAAGCAGAGGCUACAGAACGUAGUCUUUGUAAGGGAUGGAAGCGAACACUGCUUUUGGGUGCGUCGCGGGGUUAUCCGUGCUUCUGGCUUUAUGAGGGCUCUUCAAUUUUGUCUGAAAAACCAAAGGGCUGUGAGUAAGGGAGCUGUGUGGAAGGUGGGACUCUGAAGUGUAUUUUGGAAAUGAAUCACCACCCUCUCCCAAAUUAUAGAAUUUUUAAAAAACGAAGAAGCUGUGGCCCUUUCCGCUCUCUCCUGGCCUCUGGUGCUGCUCCUCUCUGCCCCGUUCCCUCCGUUCCAGGGCUUCAGACCUCUGGUGCGGCUCCGUCCUUUGUCCCCUUUGCCAAGCCCUCUUCAAGGGAGGACUGGGUCAGCCGAGUUGCCCCUCCUGACAGGGCGGACGGAGAAGGGGGUGCUGAUUAAAAUACACUCCCCCCUGAGAAGGGGAAGGGGGAGUGUGAGACUUCCCUUCCAUGUUCAAGUGAAAAUAAAUCAUGUACCCUGCAGCCCUUUCCCCUUGGCUUUCUUCUGGCUUGGGCAAAGGGCGUAACAGGUGAGAGUGAAGUCAUUCAGUGUCACCUCCUGUCUUCUCUUUCCUUCCCCAUUCUCUAUCCCACUCCCAAGCUUCGGAGCGCGGGGCUGGGACAUGCACGAGUGUUGCACUUUUAUUUGGGUAGGGAGGCAUGUCGAAUGAGCCAGGAGGCCUAGAGCUGGAGCCUAGUCCAGCUGGCACACCACCACCUCCCCUUUCAGCUCCCAAAGGAGAUGCCCAGACACAGACUUUAUGAUGAUUAUAUUUUUUCCAAUGCCAGUGCUGCUCAGCCCUCAGCAUAACUUCAGUUUUCAUGAAAUAAACAGUGACUAUAUAAAA